AUGGCGAACGAACACGAUGAUCAGCUGCAACAACAGAUCAAUGUCCCAUCGCUGUUGGUGAUACUGGUCGUGUCAGGGCUCAUUAUACGGUACCUUUUCUUUUCUCCGGCCGGCGGGCCGUCCUCAAACGGGGGCUCAACGUCGACAAGACGGGGCGGGAAUGAGCAGGCGGCGGCGGCGCUCAUGAGGUCCAGGGAGGCGGCGGCCGAGAGGAUCAUGCAAAUGUUUCCGCAGGUGGAGAGGCGGACGGUGCUGUGGGAUCUGCAGCGCACGGGGGGCAACAUUGCCGCCACGACGGAGAGGAUUUUGAUGGGGCGUUUGGAGACGCCCCCGGUAACAUUUCAGCCGCCUCCGCCUCCCAAUGCUACCAACACUAAUGGGCGGGAAUCCGCCGCGCAGGCAUCCAAGCCUGCUGAUAAACCCGCUGAACCGGAUCUUAUUACGCGGUAUAACCUGGCGGAUAAGCUGAAGGCGCCCCCGGAGGAAUCCGAGAGCAGCGCGGCUGGGGCGAGCGCGAAGGGGACUGGCAAAGGCUGGAGCACAAACAAGGAGGAGAGACAGUCGCUGUUGCAGAAGCGGAGGGACCAGAUGAUCCUCGAGGCAAGGAGGAAGAUGGAGGCCAAGAUUGCCGCCGAGAAGGCUGCCGGGGCUAGUUGA